CUUUUCUAACGUAGUUGCAACUUAGCCUCAUCGUCCGCACGAAUAGAAGUUUGAACCUAACAUUUAAUGGCUCAGGAGAUGCCAAGUAAACAUAUACAUUUAUUAGCGGGUGGUCAACUACAUAUGUUCCGAAGUCUGCAUUACAUUAAAAGAAUUAUGUUAGCUCGAAAAAAAUGUGUCAAAUCCUUCCUCAGUUGAACGUAGAAUACAUUCCUUUUGUAUUUAAGAUGAUCAAAGUUGAUGUUUGAACAUGAGUAUAGUUGCGCAAUAUAAUGUCGUUUAUAGGUAAGCGUGGAGACAUUUUUUCAUUUUAAGCAAGCUGGCGAUCAAUAACAACAAGGUUUAAAUAAAAGGAUUAUCAGCAGGAUGAUACUUGAACUACUGAUAUGGACACUCGUGGUUGCGGCAGCUAUCAUCUUAUUUUUCUGGUUUCUCAUCACACCUCCGGACGAUAAGAUAGUAAGAAAAGCACCUGAGAAUGAAGAUUUGUACGCCAAGAGUCGGUUUAUUCCAUCUAAAGUCCCCAAAGAUCUUGAUGUAAUUAUCAUUGGUUCCGGAAUGGGCGGAGGAGCGGCGGCGUCAAUUCUGAGUAAAUAUGGCAAGAAAGUUCUUGUAUUGGAACAUCAUGACAAGUUAGGGGGAUGUACGCACACAUUCUCAUGGUCUCGACAGAACAUGUAUGAAGAAGGUCAUACUACUUGUGAAUUUGAUACCGGCUGUCAUUACACGGCUGUUGAUAUGUCAAUGCCCUGUGCUCGAUCUGGAGCUGUCAUGAAAUUCGUUACUGGUGGAAAUGCGAAGUGGAAUGAUUUGGGCGAUCCUUAUGAUCACCUAGUCCUCCCAUAUGAUCCUAACGUCGAUCCUGGUUGCCCCAAUAACGAUAGCUAUGAUUUCGUGUGUGGAAGGGAACGCCUCGUCCAGGAGAUUUCAUCCCAAAUUAACCCUAAUGAACCUUUAGUUGUGAAACGCCUCAACGCAUUCCUGUCGUUUUGUCAUGAAGCUCGUAAAACCAUAAUCAAUAUGUGGCUGGUGCGCAUGUGUCCGAGAUGGUUGGAAGGACUGUUGUAUACGUUAACUGAACCGUAUUAUAGGUUUGGUAAAUUAACAACGGGGUAUGUAUUGAACGCAAUGUUGCAACAUGGUUUUAGUCAAGAAGAAGUCUUAGCUGAGAAGAAAUUACCUGAAACUCUUGAAGUCGACUUACCAAACACCUGGAACCGAUUGAAAGGUGUAAUGGUGCAUCCUCUUGGAGAUUACGCAUGUCAACCAAGUGACUCUUCUGUUAUUGCUCAUUCUCUCACUGCGUUUUACUAUAUCAAUGGUGCAGCUUAUACCCAUGGACAGACGCAAACUAUCGCAAACUCUUGUGCAAAGAUUGUGUAUGAACAUGGUGGGGAAUGUUUUGUGAAUGCCCAUGUGAAUGAAAUCAUCGUGAAAGAUAAUAAAGCGAUCGGUGUUCGUGUUUGCAAGUCGUCGUCGUUGGAAAGCGGUAAACCGAAGGACGAGAAACCUGAAAUGACGGAAAUUUAUGCGCCUAUCAUAAUUAAUGCAACUGGAAUGCAUAAUUUGUACAACAAGCUGUUGCCUCAAGAUUUGCCGGUUGUUCAAGAUUUUAAAAGCACGAACAAAACUAUACCAUCUUACGGGCACAAUUAUUUGUUCGUUGCAAUUAAAGGUGACGCUGACGAAAUUGGUAUUCCUGUAACAAAUACAUGGUACUUUAAUGGCUAUAAUACUGAUGAAUGUUUUGAUAAAUAUUUUGAAAAUCCCACCGAGCAUCGUCCGCCAACGUGUUAUCUAGGAUUUCCCUGUACAAAGGAUCCGACGUGGAAAGAGCGCUUUCCAGGAAUAUCCAAUUGUAUUCUCAUUUCUGAUGCAAAGUAUGAAUGGUUUGAAGAGUGGCAGAAUUUACGAACGCAUAAGAGAGGUGAUAGUUACGAUGAAUACAAGGAGAAGUUCGCUCAAAAACUGUUGGAGAUUUUGUACGAGAAAGUACCUCAGGUCAAAGGCAAGGUGUUGUGGUAUGAAUGCGGGACUCCAAUCUCCGACUCGAACUUCCUGCAAUCCUACCGCGGAGGCUCCUAUGGUACGAGGUGUAAUUUAGAAUUCACUAAUCGUGAUAAUUCAAGGUGGAUCAUGAGACCAGAUACCGAAAUUACAAAUCUAUAUAUGGCCGGUCAGGAUGCGUGGACCCCGGCUGUCGCUGGUGCAAUGUAUGGGGGAUUACUUGGAGCUAUGAAGGUGAUUGGAUUUUUCCAAGGUCUGGGUCUGCUUGUGUCCAUUAUGAAGCAACAGGCUCGAGAUAUUCAGGCAGAGACCGGCUGGUCAAUGAUGUUCUGUUUCAAACGAGCUAUUGAAAUAUUCUUUGAUACCAAGCCUCCACGACUUAAUAAUAAUAAUGAAAAGAAAACAUGGUAGUAAUAAUAAUAAUCCUAUUCAUGCGUAUACUAGUAACAAUGGAAACAUGCUGUGAACAAUAUAAUAUAAUCGAUGAACAGUACAAUAAAACGGUCUUUAGUCAACCUGAGUACUGCAUUUGUACUCCAAUAAAAUAUUUGGUUCGAAUUGGCCAAUAAAGUUUAUAUGACAAAACACAGAUGGCAAACGAACUUUGACUUUUGUAACCUGUGAAAAUUUUUUUAUUAAUUUGCAAUCGAACAUACACAAAACUGAUUUCAUGGUUGAAAUACAGUUAAAUUUUGCUGUGCUUUGCAAGAAAUGCUGAUUUCAGUAUAUAGCUAAUCAGAAAAUAGCGCAGUAUAUUUUUAAUCACUUUUAUUCAUUUCACUAUCAACGACAAACUUUCGAAAAAUUCUUCAUUCAUUUAAGAAAUACAGUUAGGAUUCGAGUUUACUUGACCUAAAACCAGUCACAAUGUUUAUGGUUAUUCAAUACGUAAAAAGAACGCGUUGUUGAAGUUAGCUUCUCUGGCAAAGGUUGCAGCAUUUUGUGGUUAUCAAUUCAUUUUGGCGUCUUGAAAGUUUAAUGAAAAUAAAACAUUGUUUGAAAACGGCUCCUGCGAGUGUGGUGUUUGUCGUCCCUGUUUUGUGUAUUCCUGUAUG